UGAAACAUUAGUAUAAGUAUUACUUUCACUUCUCAGCCGUCACUAGAAAGUAGAAACACAGAUCAGAAUUUGUGUUUAAACUAAACUGCCUAAUACGAAGUAGAAAAUGUUGGUUGUAAAUUGAGUUUAGUGAAGGGGUGCAUGUGUUAAGGGUUGUGAAUUUUGGUUAAGUAGAUUUUUUUUUUUUUUGAAAAAGGGCUUUGGUUAAGUAGAUUUAUUUAAGAGUUUUAAAGAGAUAGACACAACUCUUCAUUUGUUAUAGUACAACUCUUCAUUGAAGAGAUGCAAUGAAGAGAUACAAGUGUUCACUUUGUAAUGCUUCAUUUUCUAUUUAAACUUUUGUUGUUGUGGUGGAAAACAAUAAGUUCAAAUUUGUAUUCUAUUAAUAAAAGAUAAAGUUUUUGUUACUUUAGUUUGCAGUGAUCAAAAUCUAUACAAUCAUAUAGAUUGUGACAUAGAAAAUUUUUCUCUCUUUGUUCUUUUGUUUAAUUAUAGAAACUUUAGUUUUUUUUUACAGAAAGCGCAUGUUAAAUAUAAAUAUCUAGCCCAUAUUAAUUGGAUUCCAGAGAAUACAAGUAAACUAGACGGCGCAUUAAGAAAGAGGAAAAGGAAAACAUAGAAAAGAAUAGAUAAAAAGGCAUAAUGGUCAAUUACUAUAACAACUAGUAUUUCCUUUUUUCAUCUAGUGAGUUUCUCACUUUAUCGUCUCUCUAUAUAAAAGAACAAGGGUAUCAAAGAGUGAGAUUUUCACCUCUUCAUUACCAUCACCCUCUCCAGCGUUACGAUCAACCUAGGUUCUUUACGUUGAUCAGACAAAUCAUGUCCGUAGUUGAGAACAUUCAUCUGGAACCGAGAGCCAAAAGGCAGAAAAUAGAACCUAACGAGCCUUCGUAUUCUAGCAAAAGAUGUGGUCACUGGUUCGUUCGUUACGGAGUAUGCACCACCUGCAAUUCCUCUGUUGACAAAGACCAAGGCCAAGCAUUCAAUUAUCUUUUGGAUGGUCUACAGCUAAGCCACGAGGCUGUAGCCGUAACAAAGCACCUUACCACAUUAGUCUCUUGUUCCAACGAGAAAAAACUUCACUUAGUCCUUGACUUGGACCACACGCUUCUCCACACCACUCGUCUACCGUGUCUCACCGAAGCAGAGAAGUAUCUAAUCGAAGAAGCGGGUUCAAAAAGAAGAGACGAUCUAUACAAGUGGCAACCUCAAGGAGAAAAUCCCAUGGUGUUCUUGACAAAGCUAAGACCUUUUGUUAAAGAUUUUUUGGAAGAAGCCAACAAGAUGUUCACAAUGUAUGUCUACACAAAGGGUAACCGUGAUUACGCUAAAUUCAUCAUGAAGCUUACUGAUCCGAAGAAAAUCUAUUUCGGUGAGAGAGUGAUAACAAGAGAUGAGAGUCCUUAUAUGAAGACGCUUGAUUUGGUUUUGGCUCAUGAGCGAGGAGUGCUGAUUGUGGAUGAUACACGUGAUGUGUGGCCUGAUCACAAGAGCAACUUGGUUGAAAUUAGCAAAUACAACUAUUUUAGGAUGAGCAAGAGCAAACAUUCGAAGCCAUACUCUGAGGAGAAGACAGACGAGAGUGAAACUGAGGGUGGUUUGGCCAAUGUUUUGAAGCUACUCAAAGAAGUUCACUGUGGAUUCUUCAGAGUAGGUGAAGAAAAAGAGUUGGAGUUUAAAGACGUGAGGUUGCUGCUACAGGAGAUAGAGUUCAAUCAUGCCGACAAAGAACCCUUUAGUUCUGUAGAAACAUUAUAAAAACAUCUGUGUG